AUGGAUGAACGACCAAAGGAAAAAACUUCCAUCUGUAUGAAUUCCUCUGGUAUAGUUCUUCCCAACCCAAACGAGAACCUCCGAAACUUGAGUGUCUCAGCUGUCAUGGAGCUUAAAUAUGAGUGCCACUUCUGUUUGAAAAAGUUUUCAAACUCACGGGCACUUGGAGGUCACCAAAAUGCCCAUAGAAGAGAGAGGCUGAAGAAGAAAAGGAUGGAUCUUGAAGCAAAAAGGGCAAGUAGCUCCAUGUUCUACCUUAAUGCUUUAAUCAGAAACAAUGGAGUUAUGUACCCUUACUCUUAUGUUCCCACCAUUGUUUACGGAAGUUCACUUAUCAGUUUCAGCUCUGUAUAUCACUGUCAGAACGGCACUCAUUCCCCAUGUUUUACUGUUGCUAGUUCUUCAGGUGAACUAUACUUGCAGAAUAGCUCUUUUAUCGCGAUUCAGGGUGGUGAGUCUAGAGGGAGAUAUCCCUUGUCCCUUGUCAUCGUGCCCUCUACUUCCUGA